GCUGGCUUGACUACGGAGAAACGAGAGGCGGCUGGCUUCAUAGAUAUAUAUAUCUAUGGCUGGCUUCACCGCAGUGUGUAGGGGGCGGUUUGGAAACGGCUCAGUGUUUCUGCCGGAACUUCACAGUGUGACACCCGGCGGAUGUGAACAAAGAAGCAUGAGCAGAGUUAGCUUCACUGCUGUGUGGACUGAGCUAUAAAACGGCUGUAUUAUAGUAUGAAUGAGAAAUAUCAGAGCGAUAAAGUAACGAUGUGUUCAGUUGAGUAUCUGAGAGAGUUGAUCAGCGACAGACUAGCUGCUGCUGCUGGAGAAAUAUUCACAGAGUUUGAAAAAACCAUCGUCCAGUACCAGGAGGAGAUCGAUCGUCAGCGCAGACUGCUGGAUGUCAUCUGGAAACCACACAUCCCCUUACAGCCCAUAGAGCUCCCACAGUCGUAUGUCUGUGAAAAUGAGAAGACUGUUGUUGACCAUCAGCCCCAUGACCAGGAGAGAAACUCCAUGGUGGACCAUGAGGACCCAGAGCCUCUACGGAUUAAAGAUCAGCCGGAGGAACUCUGCACCAGUCUGGACCAAUCAAACCCAGAGAUUUCUCAAAUUAAAAUGGAACAGGAAGAAUUGUGCACCAGUCUGGACCAAUCAAACCCAGGGUUACCACAAAUUAAAGUGGAACGGGAUGAACUCUGCUCCAGUCAGGAGGAAGAGUUAAUUGGAUUGAAACAGGAGACUGAUACCUUUGAGGUGACUCCUGCUGAUGAGGAAAGUGACCACGGUGAACCAAAACCAAACAGUGAUCAGCUCCUGUUUCACAUCUCUUGUGUAGCUGAGAGCCCAGAUCAGGAAGGAAGCAAGGAUGUAGACUCAGGAUCAACUGGAUGUAUCGAGCAGAAACCAAGACAUCAGAGUAACAGCAGUCACAGUAAUGAUGUAGACAAUGCUCCAACGUCACUGAGACAGUGUGAUAAUGACAAGGCAAGAAAAUCUCUACCAUGUGAUGUCUGUGGAAAAGCUUUCAGGAAUAAAUCGGUUUUAACCAAACAUCACAGAACCCACACAGGUGAGAAGCCGUAUUCUUGUGGGACUUGUGGAAAAAGCUUUAGUCGACGAACCCAUUUGACUGUCCACAUGAGAGUUCACACAGGUGAGAAGCCAUAUUCUUGUGGAACCUGUGGAAAAACCUUCAUUCAACGGUCCCAUUUGACUGCUCACAUGAGAUGUCACACAGGUGAGAAGCCAUAUUCUUGUGGAACCUGUGGAAAAAGCUUCAGUCAUCGGACCCAUUUGACUUACCACAUGAGACUUCACACAGGUGAGAAGCCGUAUUCUUGUGGAACCUGUGGAAAAACCUUCAUUCAACGGUCCCAUUUGACUGCUCACAUGAGAUGUCACACAGGUGAGAAGCCAUAUUCUUGUGGAACCUGUGGAAAAAGCUUCCACCGUAGUCAUCGAUUAAAAGCCCACAUGAGAAUCCACACAGCUGAGAAGUCGUGAUCCUGAAACAUCUGUGGAAAACAUAAUGUCAGAACUAAGCUUGAAACAACAUGGAAGAAUUGGUAGAGGUUAAAAGUAGAUGUUUUAGAUUUAAAGCACCUUUAGUCUGUGCUUCAACAACAAUUGUGAGGAAGUAUGUAAGCAAUCCUUGAUGAUCAGACCAGAUGGAGUCUGGACUAUGGUGGUGGUGGAGCAGGCAGAAGAACCAAACUGAAUGCCUGGAUCAUAGGCGUCAGUUUGGGGGGGGCGGUGGGGAUGUGUCCCCCCCACUUUUUGUCAGGGGUUAUUUUGUCUCCAACACAUUCAAAUUCUUCACAUGUAAGCCAUUGUAACCCCAGUUAUUUUCAGCAGUAUAGAAAAUUCCGACGCUCAUGAACGCACCAUCCGCACUCGGCCGAGAGUUGCACAGACAUGCAGCACACCUUUGUGAGGUUAAAAAAAAACUUGCAGAUGCUAAAUUUGCGCCUGUGCCAAGUGAAACCUCCGACCCAGGUUGUGCAUUUCCAUCUGACAAUGGCUGUGGUGAGUUUGAAAACUUGUUUGCUUGUUUAACCCUGUGAUUAUCAUAUUUAAUAAAUAUAUGCAAGGGGGGGCGGUUGUUUUGUUUUGACGAGUGAAUGUCUUUGAAUCACUACACUGAACACACUGUCAUACCAAAUGUACUAAUGGUACAAUUUGCCAUGAGUAAAACGCUCUGUCAGGAAAAUGUGCAUAAUUCCUGAUAUAAUACCAAAUCCAGUUAGAAUAUGGGAUGCCAGAUGAAUUUCAGCACUUUAGGAACAACAUUUUGAAGCUGUUCGGCCUUAUCUUAGCGAUACCUCAGUCGGGAUGGAGCAGAGCUGACGUUAAUUAUCACUAAUAAUUAUCAUCCCUGGGAUAGCACCAUGUGGUGCUACUGAAACUAAAGAAGCUACUCUUUGUAUAAAGAUGUACACAGGGCUCUCACGUUUUGAUCUCAGGUCACAGUGACAUUUUGCUGUCUUGUGACUGGGGGGUGGUGGUGCUGGGGUAGGGGGGGUCAUCACCCAUCCUUAAGCACUUACAAUAUUUUAAAACAAAACCCAGUCAAUUAGUACUCGUGCUUUUUUUGCCGCCACUAUUACCUAAUGGGUCAUAAUGUUACUUUGUGGUGUUAGCAUAUUAUAUCAGGUAAUGAUGCAACAUAUACUGCAAAUGUUACUCUUUUUUUAGUAUUUACCGUUAACAUUUCUACAAUGUAAUUUUUUAGAUAUCUGGACAACUUUGUUCGUCCAAGCUGAGUUGGCAAAUGAGAUCAAUAUUCAACAUCAAUGGUAAUGUCUUUUAACCAAAGACUGUAUAAUAAUUUAUUAGAAAAAUAAUUAAGACACUUUGAUGUGAUCAAAUAAGUACAUAUUACACUUACGUUGUAACUAGUAAUCUGUAACCUACAGGAUAACCUCACUAGCUCUGAUCUUCUUUAUUUGUUUGUGUAGACCUCACCUCUUCAUUCUCAGUCACCUGCUCUGGUAGCUCUUUGUUUUUCUGUUGAACACUGAUCCUAGACCAAUAAAAUAAUGGAAAAACACACCUGAGAUCGAUGGUUUUCUGUGUUUCACGUACCUUGAAUGUUCAAUCAUGUCUGUACUUGUGUCAAUGGUAAGGUUGCCAUUUUAGUAUAUCUCUUUAAUGGUGCCAGAGCAUUUUAACCAUGGCAAAAAAAUGUUUAUAUUUGGUAUGUUAGCGUGUUGAGUCUAAAGAUAUUUGAGGACAUCUAGUGGUGAUUAUUAAGGAUUACCAGAUUGUUUUAAUUUGCCUCAGUGAAAGCCAGAACGUGGCUGUAUGGAUGGACAGAGUUUUGAUAAAAUGGCUCAUAAGGCCAAAAUGUUUCAGUUGUCAUUUAUUAACCCUUUAAGCUUCAGUCAAUUCUUGCUGUUUUCAGUACAAAAAAUCGCUAAUAUUCUAUUUUUAAAUCAAAAAAAUUACGAAAAAUACGGGGAAUAUUGGACGGGCAUCGCGAGGUGCAUUUCCUUGAAAGUGACCGAUUCGGGGAUUUUAUACGACUUCAGGACAUGUUUUGGACAAAAUAGUUUACUGGCUUGUGUCAUCUGAUGUAAAAGGUUGGAUUAUGGCCGUUUUUUGUGGAAUCUUUUUUUUUGUGUGUAGUAAUGAACCCGGAAAUGUGAGUCGCGCUGUGUGCGUUGAAGCCGUGUAUAGAGAACGGAUGGAUGGAUAUUCGUUUUUGUCGGACAAAUGUGUUUUUCUCACCCGCUGUGGUAAUCGCAUCUGAAAGUGGUUUAUACCGGCGGAUUCAUGAGAAUCUAAGCUUUCCAUCGGCGUAUAGUGUUUGUAUAAUCGUGUUUGCAGCCGUCGGACAUUCUUGAAAUUCCUAUGCAAAUUAGUAGGUGUACCGCCGGCGGGACACCUACGACGCACUGAAGCGUAAAGGGUUAACUAAAGUUGUUGACGACAGUAAUGGUAGUCAAAUUGGUCCUGCUAGCUAAACCAGAAGGUAUACUCCGUUAUAUUCAUGGAGUUAUUGUACAGUAACUGUACAAAUAUCAGUGCUAUUGCUGUUAGAUGGCACUUACGUUGCAUUUCUGCGUUGUGAAAAAAGCUCUGAUGUCGGUUGCUUUUCUUUUUGACAUGUUCAUUGGGUAUUUGCUGAGAUUUUAUUAAUGAAAGAAGGAAAAAGAAUGAAUAGCCGCACGCCGGUUGUUUAGGAGGCGGUAAACACAAUGUAGCCAAAUCGAACUCUUUCAAGAAACACCACAGAAGAAGAGGAGGUCAAGACCCGGAUUAUCCAUCCAUGGCGGAAUUUCACUUGAAUUAAUAAAGAAAAUAAUGAUAAUUAUAAUGAUAAUAAAUGUUUCCAGUCUACAAACAAGAAAGGUAAUAAAAGAAGGCUUCAUAUUGUGA